UGUUGUUAAGCAGCUCUUCAGGUAAAUCCUGACUCCCUUCUUUGAGAAGGACAGAAUGAUCAGUGAAACCUUGUUUCUCCACACUCAGUAAGCUUUGGGUGACGAGAAAGACAAGACGUGCAAAGACAAGAUACUCUCUUUAUUUUCAAAGAUGCCAAAACCCGCUGAUGAGAUGCCAACCGUGCCAGUUCACCAGCGAGGGCAGUAUGAUGUCUCCAGCUUCCUGAAGGUCAAGCCACUGGCUCUGGGGAUAUUGGAACUAUUGCUAGCCUUACUGGGACUCUGUUUGACAAUCUGGAAUGUCCGUUUUUCUCUUCUCUGGUCACCAAUCAGCUUCAUUUUAACUGGAGUAUUGACAGUCUCGGCAGCAAGAACAUGUAAACCAUGUCUGGUCAAAUCCUCACAAAUGUUCAGCUGUUUCAAUACGGCAGCAGCUGCUGUGUCUCUACGCUUUCAUUUUUAUUACAGUUGGGGUGUGAUCUGUUUUCUCCUGAUGGCCUGUGAUACUCUCAUCCUCAUCUUCUCUGUCACUGUUGCUUUAUCCUUCUGUUGCUGCUGCUGCAGACCAAAGUCAAGACGUGUCGAGAUCAGUUACAUGAACGCAGAUUUGCCUGUCAACCAUGUUGUGUUCAUGGGCCAGCCGGACCCGUCUGUAGUGGUACAGUCCUUUAGUUCAGUCAUGUAUGUGCUGGCUGCACCUCUGCCAAACUACAGUCCGGUCCUAGAUAUACCUCCACCAGCCUAUGACCAGAUCUCAGCUGCACCUCCACCAAACUACAGUUCAGUCCCAAGCGCUCCUCCACCAGCAUAUGAGUAUGAAGAUUUACAGACCAGAAGAUGAACCAGAUCUCAGUCGGUGUUUACACAUUGGAUCAUGGGAGAUGGAAAACCAAAAAAUAUUUGUAUAAAUGUGUAAAUUUAUAAAUAAUAUUACGACGAAACAAAUAAA